AUGGUGGGUAUGAUAGAUCUUAACACAACUGAAGAAGAUGAAACUACACCAUCUUCUGGGUCUUUAUCUUCUCCAUCAUCAUCCUCUGCUGCUUCUACUUUAAGUGCUUCUGCUCCUGGGUCUAGUACUUCUUCUUCUGUGUGUUUGGAGCUUUGGCAUGCUUGUGCUGGCCCACUAAUAUCUUUGCCAAAGAGAGGGAGUGUUGUUGUGUAUUUCCCUCAAGGUCACUUAGAACAACUCCCUGAUUUGCCUCUUGCAGUUUAUGAUCUCCCUCCUCAUGUCUUCUGUAGGGUUGUUGAUGUCAAGCUCCAUGCCGAGGCAGCAAGUGAUGAGGUUUAUGCACAGGUUUCUCUGGUUCCUGAGAGUGAGGAAAUUGAGCAGAAGUUGAGGGAGGGCAUACUUGAGGGAGAUGGUGAAGAGGAGGAUGUUGAAGCCACUGUGAAGGCAACAACACCCCAUAUGUUCUGUAAGACCCUAACUGCUUCUGAUACCAGCACUCAUGGAGGCUUCUCAGUCCCUCGUCGAGCUGCUGAGGACUGCUUCCCUCCUCUGGAUUAUACUCAACAAAGGCCUUCACAAGAACUUGUAGCAAAGGAUCUGCAUGGCUCUGAGUGGAAGUUUCGACAUAUCUACAGGGGUCAACCACGGAGGCAUUUGCUCACUACUGGAUGGAGUGCGUUUGUCAAUAAGAAAAACUUGUCUCUGGGGAUGCUGUGCUCUUUCUCAGUACCUUCCAUCAGGGGUGAGGAUGGAGAAUUGAGGCUGGGAGUUCGAAGAGCAGCACAAGUUAAAUGUGGUCCUACUUUUCCGGUUCUGUGGAAUCAGCACUUGAAUCAGAGCUCACUUGCGGAUGUGGCUAGUUCCAUUUCUAUGGGAAGUGCUUUCCACAUUUACUACAAUCCAAGGGCCAGCUCAUCUGAAUUCAUAAUACCUUUCAAUAAAUUCUUGAAGAGUCUAGAUCAAUCCUUUUCUGCUGGAAUGAGGUUCAAAAUGCGUUUUGAAACAGAAGAUGCAGCUGAAAGAAGAUAUACUGGACUAAUAACUGGAAUCAGUGAGCUAGAUCCUGUUAGAUGGCCUGGUUCAAAAUGGAAAUGUGUAUUGGUAAGGUGGGAUGAUAUGGAGGCUAACAGACAUAGCAGGGUUUCUCCUUGGGAAGUUGAGCCUUCUGGUUCUGGUUCUGUUUCCAGUUCCAAUAACUUUAUGGCACCUGGUUUGAAGAGGAGCAGGUCUGGAUUGUCUUCAUCGAAGGCAGAAUUUCCAAUUCCUGAUGGGAUUGGAGCAUCAGACUUUAGGGAAUCUUCAAGGUUCCAGGAGGUCUUGCAAGGUCAAGAAAUUAUGAGUUUUAAUACUCUUUAUGAUGGUGUUGACGGUCAGAAUCAGCACCCAUCUGAAAUAAGGAGUCGUUUUCCUGGUUCACAUGGUUCUGGGAUUGCUGCAAUGGGAAGUGGUAUCAGAGACUCAGUUGCCACUUCUGAUAAUUCCUAUAAAGGCAUAGGCUUUAAUGAAUCUUAUAGAUUCCAUAAGGUCUUGCAAGGUCAAGAAAUUUUUCCAAGCUCACCAUAUAGAAGAAUCCCAAAUGCUAAUGAGGCUCGUGAAAAUGGUAGUCUUGGACUCUCUGAUGGUAUCCAAAGGUCAAGCUCAAGAAAUGGAUGGUCUGCCAUGAUGCAGGGCUAUAAUACUCAAAUGCGACCUCCUACGCAAGUAUCAUCUCCAUCUUCAGUGUUAAUGUUUCAGCAUGCUAGCAACCCAGUUCCGAACCCUUCUGCCAUUUUUAAUUUCAAUGAUCACAAGGAGCAGCCAACUAGCACUCAAAGUUGGUUUUGUGGUCCUGAAACACGUGGGGGAAAAUUCAAGUUGUCCUCACAUUCUGAGCCUGGUCUAAGAGGAGGCAGCCAAUGCAGCACAAAUCCUUAUGAUCUGUCCCAUGAGCAUCUUCAGCAUGGCAUUUCACAACCUAUAGCUCAAUCAGCCUUUAGGGGUAGUCAAGAUUUGGUGUCAUGCAAAAGCAGCUGCAGACUCUUUGGUUUCUCAUUGACUGAGGAUAGACAUGUUGCCAAUAAGGAGGACAAUAUGACAUCAAUAACAUCAUUGAAUCCCGGAUCCUCUUUUCUGCCUUGUGUUGGAGAGCAGCUCCAUCCUAAGCCUCCAGCAAUAAAUAAUGCAGUUGGGAGCAGCUGUACCAAAUUGUUUGAUAAGAUGAUUAUUUUUCCCAUAAAAUUUCGUGAUGUUUAUUGCUACAUAACCUGGUUAUCAGAAGCCAUAGUGGCAAAACCACUCAAAGAGGAAAUUAUGGACUAUGGGGCCAUCGGCGACCCUUUGAGACCUGGCGCAACAAUUGACGAAUAUUUCAACAAGAAAAGGAGGAAGUACCUCAUUCAGGCUCUGUACAAGAUCAAAACAGAGUUGAUGCUACUGGGUUUCAUCUCAUUGUUGCUGACGGUAUUGGACAAGCCAGUUGCAAAUAUAUGUAUCCCGAAGAGUGUUGGUGAAACCUUUCUUCCUUGUGGUACCGUGGAUUCAAGUGAUUCGAGUGAAGAAGAAGCCAAAUGUGCAGUGCAGGGAAAGGUUUCUUUGUUGUCCAGGGAAGGUAUGUUGCAACUCCAGUACUUGAUAUUUGUGCUGGCUUCAUUCCAUUCCGUGUCAAGUAUUCUCACGUUCGGCUUGGGGAUGGCCAAGAUGAGAAGAUGGGAAUCUUGGGAGGCAGAGACCAGGACUCUGGACUAUCAAUUUUCAACAGAUCCCAGGAGGUUCCAGCUCACUCAUCAAACAUCAUUUGGGAAACGGCAUUUGAGAUAUUGGAAUGAAAACUCAGUUCUUCGCUGGCCGGCAUGUUUCCUCAGACAGUUUUAUGGUUCUGUUUCCAAAGUGGAUUAUCUCACACUUAGACAUGGAUUUAUUAUGGCCCAUUUUGAUCGAGGCAGCAACUUUGAUUUUCAAAAAUACAUUAGAAGAGCUUUGGAUAAAGACUUUGGUGUGGUGGUGGGGAUAAGCUUCUGGAUUUGGAUGUUUUCUAUAUCUUUCAUAUUCUUCAACGCACACAAAUUUUACAGUUACUAUUGGCUUCCCUUUAUUCCAUUAGUGAUGUUGUUGCUGGUUGGGACACAACUGCAAGCCAUCAUAACUUUAAUGUGCUUGGAUAGCCAUGAUAAUUCUCAUGUUGUUGAAGGAACUUUACUUGUUAGGCCUAAUGACCGCUUCUUCUGGUUUGGUAGGCCUAAAUUGCUUCUCCAGCUCAUACAAUUCAUAUCGUUUCAGAACUCCUUUCAAUUGGCAUUUUUCACAUGGACUUGGUACAAAUUUGGAUUCAGAUCAUGCUUCCACCGACGAACUGAAGACAUCGUCAUAAGGCUUGUCCUGGGAGUGUUGGUACACUUCCUCUGUGGCUAUGUGACACUACCUCUUUAUGCUUUGGUCACACAGAUGGGUACAUCAAUGAGGACAGCAGUUUUUACAGAAAAUAUGGUUGAAGGCCUGAAAAGAUGGCGAGCUAAGGCUAAGAAGAACCUGAAAAAUUCCUACUCAGCCCGCCCCUCUCUUGAUACUUCACUUUCCCUUGACUCUUCACCUUCUUUCAGCCUCCAUACUUCAAAUUCUAUAGACUGGAAUCGUCCAUUGAACAGAGAUCAUGUUGCUAUCGAAGUAACUGAUGAAGCAAAAGACGAUGAUGAGCAGCUUCAGGAGCAUAAAAAACAUGGUUCAUUUGAAGGCUUUGAGGUGAGCAAUGCAGCUCUAACUACAGAAAAAGAGAGCGGUUCAUGA